CGGUGAAGUCGUGAAUCCAUGCUUGAAGAUCUUUUUUAAUAUCUAAUCAAGUUUUGGCAAUGGACAUUAAACACUUAUUUGGAUAAUAUUUUAUUUAAAUUCAUGUUAUAUUCGGAUGUUAUCAAACAUCCGAUAGAAAAUUUAAAAUUUUAACUAUCUUUAUCCUGUCCUACCUUAUUUUAUUCGGUAAAAAUAUCCGGACGACCAAACCCGAAUCCGGAAGCCCUAGGAGUAAAUGUAUAAAACCCUAAAACCCAUCAACCAAAGCGGCAGAACUUAGAAGAUGAAACGCUACAACCGGAGGAAGUCCUCCGGGACGACGGAUGACGAUUCGAUAGUCCUCCCCGAAGACCUAUUGAUCGAGAUCCUAAAGAGACUCCCCGUCAAGUCCCUCUGCCGGUUCCGUUGCGUCUCCACUAGCUGGCGCUCCCUCAUCUCCGACCCUCGCUUCAUCGACUCGCAUCUGACUCACUCCGCCACUCGCCCAAACCUCAUCGUCAGUUUCCCCGACCCAAAGGCCGGCCGCCAAGGAGGCCUACGGAUCUUCUCGGCCGACCAAUCUGACCCUCGGGACGGUCAACACCAGAUGGCUAGACCUCUCUUUUCACUCCGUGGCUGGACUUCUUACGUUCCGCAGUCUCUCCACGGCCUCAUCAGCCUGAAAGUCGGCAGUCAUGUCAAGAUCUGCAAUCCCAGCACUAGGAAGUACGUGGCUUUCAAAUCGCCUAGAAUAAAACGGCGUUCUGGUCGUUGGUCAUACUUUCAACAAACGGAAACCUUUGGGUUCGAUCCUGUCGAGAGGACGCACAAGGUUUUAAGCACAUGGGUGGUUAUUGGGGGCGUUCGCGAGUUCAUCAUGGAGGCGUGGGUGCUCACUCUUGGGACAAAGGAGUGGAGGCGGGUCGAGGGCUGUCCUCCCCAUCAUAAGAAGGAUAAUGAGUUCUGCUUCAAUGGGGUGGUCUACUAUACGGCGUGGUAUUUAUCACACGGGUUCCGUCCAGACAAUUGCCUGGUGGCGUUCGAUGUUCGGGCGGAGAGCUUUCGCGUGAUUACGAUUCCCGUCGGAGCCAUUGAAGUUGGACACGCGCCCCUCCUCAUUGAAUUCGAGGGGCGCGUCGCGAUGGUGGGUUGUGGCGAUGCUCUCUCUUGGGAUGAGAUUGUCAUGUGGAUCCUCGAGGACUCCGACCGGGAGAUCUGGAAGAAGAGAGUUUUCGUCCUGCCCCCGUGUUGGAAGGACAUGGUCGCGGAUCGUCGAGUUUUUCCAGUGGGUACGGUUGGUUCCGGCGAGCUGUUGUUCGCACCUCGAACCUUACGGAACCCUGUGUGCGUGUUUUACUACAAUCUGAAGACCAACGGCUGUAGGCGGAGUGAGAUUUACGGGUUGCCCGAGCCUCCUGAAUAUUGUCAUUUGACUUUUUCUGAUCAUGUGGAGAGUUUACAGCCGCCGAGAGGUCUUUCCGGUGGAAGCCAAGCCCGCCAACUAUUCCUGGCAGCCUGAACUUCAUACCACUCAUUGAUUGGUUCUGAAGUCUGCGCUCAAACUGUGUAAUUGGCAAUUUGUUUUGAGGCUGGAAGAUGAACAGCUGCGGUAAGUAUUAGUCUUGUUGAAGUGUCGGCUGCCGCAUUAGCAAUUUAUUUCAUGUUUAC